AUGGCGUUUGGUUCUCCUUCUUCUUCUGAGACCACUAUGCACACUAACAAUUGGGCUGUUCUGGUCUGCACCUCUCGAUUCUGGUUUAAUUAUCGACACAUGGCCAAUACUUUAUCCCUGUAUCGGACUGUUAAGCGACUUGGAAUACCUGAUGAGAGAAUAAUACUUAUGCUGGCAGAUGACAUGGCCUGUAAUGCUAGAAACAAGUAUCCUGCCCAAGUUUUUAACAAUGAAAACCACAGACUCAACUUGUAUGGAGAUAAUGUUGAGGUGGAUUAUCGAGGCUAUGAAGUGACAGUUGAAAAUUUUUUACGUGUAUUGACUGGGCGUCAUGAGAAUGCUGUUCCAAGAUCUAAGCGUCUUUUGAGUGAUGAAGGAAGCCACAUUCUUUUGUAUAUGACAGGACAUGGAGGAGAUGAAUUUUUAAAAUUUCAAGAUUCGGAAGAGCUCCAGAGUCAUGAUUUAGCUGAUGCAGUUAAACAAAUGAAAGAAAAGCAUAGAUUCAAGGAGCUGCUGAUAAUGGUGGACACUUGCCAAGCGGCCACUCUCUUCUCUCAGCUUCAAUCACCCGGAGUUUUGGCUAUUGGAAGUAGCAUGAAAGGGGAGAACUCAUACUCACAUCACUUGGACUCUGAUGUGGGUGUUUCUGUUGUAGAUCGUUUUACAUUUUACACCCUUGCGUUCUUUGAGAGGCUAAAUAUGUAUGACAAUGCCUCAUUGAGCAGUCUUUUCAAUUCCUAUAACCCAACCUUGUUGAUGUCAACCGCAUAUUACAGAACAGAUCUAUACCAGCAACACCUGGAAGAGGUGCCCGUGACGAACUUCUUUGGUUCAGUCAUGGAAACUAUACAUACUGAUUCAACUUAUAAAGCCCUUUCAAUAAAAAGUUUCAGCAGAGCUGAAAUCAAGAUGCCCCUUGAUCAACCAGCCAAUGACAAUGAAAGAAGAAUUUUGGCAGAUUCAAAUGGUCAAGAUCAAAUCAGUAACCCCAAAAAAGAGGAACAACAGGGUGCUUUCAGACAUUUGUGGAAUACUAUUAAUGACAAGGUGGAAAAAAUUGAAGAUGUCGAUUCCUUUGUGCAAUACGGCUUGUUAGUAAUGCUUCCAGUGUUGCUACUUCCCACGUUGUUAUCAUGGUGA